AUGUAUAGCGUGAGCAAGCUUACAUCUCAUAGAUUGGCAAUUGAUGGAGAGUUCUCCGAUUUAAUGAUCGUAUGCCCCGGGCGAUACUUCCCAACUCAUCGGAUAGAGCAAGAUACAAGAACCAUAAGAUUGAUAGACGAUGAUCCUGAAAUCGUUGCCAAGAUGAUUGGAUUUAUGUAUCAGCUCGAUUAUAACGAUAAGUCGUAUGAGGAGGAUUGGAUGCGAGGAUCUGUUUUAGGUGUGCUUCUGUUGGUCGAACAGCAGAGUGCUACAAGUGAACAAGAGACUGGGAUCAGACCUACGACUGAAGCAGCGGGCGGGUACGACACGCAAAACAAUCAGGAGACGCGAACACUAUUGCAAGCUUUGCAAUGA